UAACCCCUCCUCUCUGGAACAAAACCACUGUGCUCCGCCUGCUCGAAUGAACCGAGGGGAUGUGUCUAGUCAAGCAGAAGAAAGGAAGCAGUCUAGUUAGUUUUUAAACUGGAGCAAUACCCAUUCUGUAAGAAAUAUAACAAGGAAGAACAACAAAUACAAAGGAUACACUGUUCUCACAUUUUAAACACCUGGAGAGAAACGCACCUGCUGUUUUGGUGCAGGAUUACGUCCGAAAUAUCAUCACAACACACAGGUAUAUAUAUAUAUAUAUAUAUAUAUAUGUAUAUAUAAAUAUAUAUAUAUAUAUCGACACGCCUGGAUUUGGUUGCGUUGGUCCACUGUGUGUAAAUUAACAAGCAAGUACCGUAAGAAACUGAAUGGCAAUUUAAAGGGACAAAAAAGCAACAUUUUUUUUUUUUAAUUAUACAAAUUAUAAAUUAGAAAACCUACUGGGCUGCAGAUGAAGACCGUCUGCUUUGUGUUAUAGAUUUUAUGAGGUGCGGGUAGCGUUGAAAAUGCAUUACAUCUGCCGGCUGCUGCUGCAGCUAUUGUGAUGUGCGACAUAUAUGACUUUUAACAAAUGGUGCUAAGGAUUUUACAGAUAGUAGCAUACAGCUGUUGUAUUUUAAAGAACAUCCACAAGCAUGCACCUCUAGGGAAGUAUUGCUGUACUUUAAACGCCAAGAACGAAUAAGGUAUCAUUACAAGGGUACUUUUACACGUUGGUAAAUUCAGGGUGAAUGCAAAUUCAGCACUGCACAGAAACAAAGACUAUCGAUGUAAACCGUGAUUGCAAUUGAAAGUUUGAUACGGCGUUGCCUUUUUAAAUAUAUGUUUUACCGACUCCUUCGAAAAGACAUAAACGUGGACAGGAUUUGCUGAUGAGUGGAUUUUUGGGGCAAAUUAGCAUGUGACAGUAGCUGGAAUCAUUGCGUCCUCAUAAAGAAACACCCCAACCACACUUGGAGGCUGUAUAAAACCUGCUUGAACAUCCUGACAACAAAUCGAUUCCCUUGCCAAGGAUUACGACAAGAGGCACAAGAGAUCAUCUCAACCUGCUGCCUCAAGUGUUUGCAUGUACAGCACUGCUCAUUGAAUAGGUGACAACGCAAGGUUUAGUGUAUCAUAGUCUCAGCUGGUACAUCAGGAGGAAGGAUCUUCACGCGCAUCCCACAGUACAAUCACAGCAGUCACAAGACUAAUUGGAUAAAGUUGAGUUUUGGAGCAUGGCGGUGGCUUUCAUCAUUACACUUAAAGACUGAAAAUUGGACCCCCAUCAAAGUCACUCUUGAUCACACAGGCGUUUAAAUCUCCGAAGACCUAUUUUGAUUCUUUUAUAAACUUGGACGAUAACCUUUUCACCUUCAAAGAAUAUCUGUUCCUGCAGCAAGAAAGUAACAUUUCCUUGGAAGUAUAGAAACAGCGUCGUCUAAAACACAUUUUCAGAAAGCUUGUUCGAUUUUCAACAGUACAGUCGAAGCAGGUGUGAUUUAACUUUACAUCAUCAUUGAUUUGUAGCAACAUACUUCAUCUCAAACUCAAAAACUGACGAAAUCGAGGAGACGAAAUAUUACCAAGAAGCUACUGAGAAACAGUUUCAAUGGGAUCUAACAUGAUCAUGGGGUGUGCUGUGGUUUUCCUUGCACUACUGUUAUUUGCAGGCACAAGUUCAGCCAAGCGUGUGGUGACAGUUCAGACUGGCACUCUGUACCGGACAGUGGACUCCCACAUUACAAUCUGGUGCAAUGUUAGUGGCUACCAGGGCACUAUGGAGCAAGACUUCCAAUGGUCUAUCUACCUGACCUCUGCCCCCGAGCGGGAGAUCCAGAUCAUCAGCACCAAGGACCCCAACUACGCCUACGCCCUGUAUGGAGAGCGAGUGCGUAGCAAGGAAAUCUACAUCGAGAGGGUGAGCGGGGACUCGGUACUGCUGCACAUCACAAAACUCCAACAGCAGGACCAGGGGGAGUACGAGUGCUACACCCCCAACACUGACGCUCACUACCUGGGAGUGUACAGUGCCAAAAUGAACCUCACCGUUAUACCAGACACUCUGAGUGCGUCCUCGGCUGGCCAAACUCUCAGCAAAGUGGAGGGGGACCCUCUGAGUCUUACCUGUGAGGUUUCAAAGCAGACAUCCCAGCACAGCCACCUCUCUGUGGGCUGGUUCCUGCACACAGCCGGCCAGACAGCUGCCCAGGAGAUCAUCACUCUCUCCAGGGACUUUGUGCUGCACCCGGGGGGAACCUAUAGGCAGCGUUACUUCUCUGGGGACGUGCGGCUCGACAAGACUGGCAGCACCUCCUACAAGCUGACUGUCUACAUGCUGCAGCCCUCCGACCAGGGCGAGAUCUACUGCGAGGCCACAGAGUGGAUUCAGGACCCUGACAGGUCGUGGUUCGCCUUGACCAGGAAACAGGCUGACAAGAAUGUGGUUAACAUUCAGGCCACAGACAAGGAAUUCAACAUCCAGAUUAACACAGAGAGACGGGCCUACACCGCUGGAGAGCCUGCGGAGCUCAGGUGCAUCAUUGAUGCUCAGAGCAUCCCUGAUCGCUACUUCUCUGUGUCCUGGGUGUUCAGCAGCACCCAGGUGGCUGUCAUGGGCCCCAACGCCGUGCCUGUCCUGAACGGGGACUACGCACUGAGGGAAGGGGCCGGUAAGCUGACCUUCCGCAAGGAGAGUGAUGCCAUCUACCUACUGAAGAUCCACCAGCUGCGCCAGGAGGACACUGGGAAGUACAUCUGCCGAGUCACAGAGAGAGAGAAAACUGCGACUGGAGACUUCAUUGACAAAAACAAGAGGUCCAGGAAUGUUCAAAUCUCCGUUCAGCCACUGAAAAGCAACAUCACUGUGUCAGUGACAAGCAAUUCAAGCAAUGUGCCUGAAGGCAGUGCUGUUCAUUUUACCUGCACUGUGAAUUCCAUCAUGGAGAACCAAGGCCGUCUGUCCGUGUCCUGGAAGCUGACGGACAAACAGAGCCAGGCAUGGGAGAUUGUGUCUGUGGACCAGGAGGGGAUGGUUGUCCCGAGCCCUUCGUAUCGGGAGCGCAGCAGCUAUGGGGAGGUGCGGGUGGAGAGAGUGCGGUCGGGCACCUUCACCCUGUCGGUCUACAACACUCUCCCGAAGGAUCAGGGCCUGUACACUUGCACUGUCACAGAGUGGGUCAAGGGGCCGAGAGAUGAAUGGGAAACGAUUGGGGAGAAGUCAGCCGGCACACCUGUAACUGUCACCGCAGUGGAGUCUAUUUUCUUCAUGGCCGCUUCCUCAAGAACCCCUAGCGUCACCUACAACGAAUCCUUUGACCUCCAGUGCAUCGUCAAGCCCCGCUACAACCCCCGGGUACCUGCCUCCGUGACCUGGCGCUUCAAGCCUGUCAACGGCACCGAGUUCCAAGACCUGGUCACCUUCACCCGCGAUGGCAGCUUGCAGUGGGGAGACCGCUACUCCAGCUUCGGCAUCAGAACUACCAUCGACAAGUCGGCUUCCAACAGCAACUUCCGCCUCAGCAUCAGCAGGGCCACCGAGCAGGAAGCCGGCACGUACCAGUGCACUGCCGAGCUGUGGAGGAAGAACUACGACAACACCUGGACCAAGAUCACAAACAGGAGCUCCAAUCUGCUGGGGAUCAAAGUGCUGCAGCCUGCGAGCAAACUGCGAGUCAGCAAAGCCGACAUGACCCUGGCGUUUGUCGAAGACAGUCGUGUUCCUCUCAACUGCACAAUCGCUUCUCAGACCAGCCCGGACGCCCAGUACACAGUCUUGUGGUACGCCAUGAAAGAGGAUGAGGCAGACGCCGAGCUCCUACUCAAGAUCAACCAUAACUCUGCUUUCGAGUAUGGCACCUACGCGGAAGAAGAGAGACUGAAGAGCCGGGUGCAGUCUGAGCGUCUCUCCCCACAGCUCUACAGCCUCACCCUGCACCAGGCCGAGCUCAGUGACAGUGGCAGCUACUACUGCAGAGUGGAGGAGUGGCUGCUUGACCCCAACAAUGCCUGGUACAAGUUAACUGAGGAGACUUCGGGGUUAACCAAGGUCACUAUUAAACGCCCAGAAAUCAGACUUCAGGUAGAGGAAUCUGAAUCCAACAUGACAGUGAAAGAGGAGGAUGCCUUCACACUGGGUUGCAGCGUCUCCUCGCAGUCCAGCAAAGACUCCCGCUUCUCCGUCUCCUGGUAUGUCAUCAGCAGUGAGAACCCUGAACGAGAAUGUGUCUUCUCCAUCGGACACGACAACGUCUUCGGGAACGGCAACUGCAGCUCCUCCGAGGGGCAGGGCCCAGGGUCCAGGCUGCAGUUUGAAAGGACAUCUGCCGAGUCCUACAGCUUGACGAUACAGAAGGCCAGACUCUCAGAUUCUGGGAACUACUACUGUCAAGUGGAGGAGUGGCUUCUCGACCCAAGGAAUGCCUGGUACCACCUGGCAGAGGCUAAUUCUGGGGUGACAGUUGUCUCUGUGCUUGAGCAAGGUUCUUCUCUGCAGUCAGUCAUCUGUUCCAAUGACUCGCUCUUCUACUUCAUCUUCUUCUACCCGUUUCCCAUUUUCGGGAUCUUGUUGAUCACCAUUCUGCUGGUGCGCUAUAAGGCUCGCAACUCCAGCAAGAAUUCGGAAGGUAAAAAUGGCGCCCCUCUGCUGUGGAUCAAAGAGCCUCACAUCAACUACUCCCCCACCUGCCUGGAGGCCCCCAGCCUCAACCUCCACCCAGGCUCUGUGGAUUAACCUAGGUGACUCUUUUCAAAAAGAGCAGGCAAAUAUGAAGAGAGCGACUUUUGGGCUGCAGCCAGUGUGCAGUUAACAAUCUCCAGUGACUUGCUAAUUGAGUCUCAAAUCCGUCAGCCAUCUAUUUCCAUGACCUGUCAGUGAGACCUCUCUGAUUUAGAAAUUAGCUGCAGCAUCAUACCAGUCUUGUAGUUCCUAGAUCCCCACUGGCCAGCAUAUAGACAACCACCAAAACCCCUAUAGGGUCAAUCCCUUGACCUCAAUCUAACAACUUCUACCAAUAACAUCCCAGAAAGUACUAUAGCAAACUAAUACCUGGGUCGGCUGCCAUUUGCUUAAUAUGUAUAGAUAUGUAUAUUUGUUCCAGGACUUGUUUUGAAAAGGUCAGUUUUAAAUGGUUUUAAUUUCUUGACACUUUAUGGUAUUAAUUGUACCUACAGUACUGCACCGUUGUAUCUCUAUAAACUCUUGCAGCAUUGCAAUAAAGUAUCUUGAGACAGUAAGAAGAAUAAAAGUUGAGUCAAUAUUCAAUUCUGGAUGCAGAAGGAGUAUGAAUAUCCACAGAAAAGGAAGGGCACCAAAAGAUUUAGUUUUUACUUGAAAAUCCGUGAAGGUCACUUGGAUAGGAGAUCAAAAUAUGCAUCCUUUGCAUCCUUUAUUGAAGCACAACCAUCUCCUAAAAUACAAAAACUGCAAAGUUGUGGCAAUUGUUAAAAAUCACUAAAUUGCAAAGGACGUCUUGGAGAGAGCAUGUUGCCAGUGCAGUUUUAAAAUGAGCAUCAUGAGUCUUUAAAUGAAACCAACGUGAAUUCCACACCACUGGAGUAUGGCAGGCAUGCAAAUGCAGGGCACGCGUUUCUGAACUGCACUAGAAAUACUUGGACUCCAAGAUGGAAGAUGUUUGCGUUGGUUCAUACUGGACAUUUGUGGGUUACUGUGGGACACUAUGGUCAUCAGUGAACAACAGUGCGCUUGUUUAAGCCGCGGUUGUAUUAUUGUUCAGUAUAUCUGUGAUUUAAUGAACAAUUAACAGCGCGUUCUCUGGUUAAAGUUAGUAGUUUUUAUUUUACACUGUAGAAGCUGAUGUGUUGGUGUUAAAUGUACCCUGUUAUAUGCCAAUGGGAGAUUUUCUUGCUAAUUACUGGAUAUCCCCCCUAGGCGUGAUGUAGACAAACUCGGACAUUCAGUGUAGACAGAAUGUAAAUCAACUUAGAGGUGAACCUACUGAAUACAUGUUUUUCAAGCACGGUCUACAGUGUUGCUAACAUUGACAGUGUGUUGCUACAGUGUUUUGCAACCCAUGACAGUGCCAUUGUAUACAAAACAUUAAGUUUAAUGUAAUAACACUUUCAGUAUUUGCUGUCUACAUAACAAGUUCUACAUUGUUAGAGAUUGUUUUUAGUAUUUAAUAGGAUUUUUUUUCUGGACGCCCCAUUUUCCUUUUAAUUAUUGUGACCCUAUAUUUAUUUUAAAACCUAAUAUUUACAUUAUUUUUAAUAUGUACAUGGCUAAAGAAUCUUAAAACUUUGUUUACAUGAUUUAAGUUGAAUUUUAAGUUGAAACUUUGUAUUUACUAUUUUUAAAACAUACACACUGACAAGCGAAGAGAAAAUUCAGGUUGAUCUGUCCUCCCACUUGGAUUCUAGCUAAACACUGACAGAUAAUUUUACAGGAAUGCAGCAACUAAGCAGAACACACAUUUAGACAAGCAGCUAUAUCAUGCAUCCUUUCAGUUUAGUAUCUUGAGAAAUGACUCUGUAUGCUGCACAUAGGUCAGCUGCUGGGAUUAUAUUGCACAUACAGUGACAAAACAGCAUGCAAUGUGCUUGUUAAACAAAUGCUUAGUUUGUGUCUGAUGGUCCAUAGUGUUGUAUCCUUGCUAUCAGAUGUGUUAUCUAGACUUGGAGAUUAGUUAUCAGUACUACGUUUUCUGUUUGCUGUCGUACCAGUAAACAAGCGCUGUCUAAAUGCUGUGGUCCUCUUGAGCUCCAUUUACAACAGGUUUUAUAAAUCAGAUUCCACAUAUAUAGUGUACUGGUGAUAUCUCACAGACCCCCUCUCUUCCAGAGUGACCAGCUGCAGUAGAACAAUUUCACCUUCAUCAGCAGACUACACCCCCUUGGAGUUCAGCUGCUUUCAUAUGCUGUUAUACAAUACAAGUCAUUUCAAUUACAAAAUAGGCACAUUUUAUGCUUUUAAAUGUCAAUCCCUGAGGUGAACUGUAUAAAACCUAUUGACAAAUAGCAUAAAGACAGCUUUAAACCUUUUCUGUGGGGGGUGGGGGGGGGGGGGGGUAUUUUUUAUGUGAUCACUGCUUUUUUUUUCUUUCUUUCUUAGACUUGUGGCAAAAUGUAUAUGCAUGACAGAAAGAACAUUGUGAUGUUUUGUACUUUUACAUUCUGUAUAAUGAAUUGCAGAGUUGUGUGUUCCUGUAGUGUGUACUGGCCAAAAAAGGUAGACGUGAUGGUGUGUGUAUUUAGUUAAGCCAGUGCUGUUUUUUAUUAUAAUCUUUUUAUGGUUUUUUUCAUCUGAUUUUGUACAUAGAACGUGCACUGACCCUUUUUUUUUUUUUUUUUUUUUUUAACUUUUUAUUGUUUCCUUAAUGCAUCGGGACUGUAGCAAGCACUUCAAAUGUCAUAGGCAAACACUAAAAAAGAAAAAAAAAAGCAACUUUGAGUAUUUUCUGAUAUGUUAAAUAUUGUCUCAAAAGUUCUGAUGCUUAUUACACACAUUAAAACUAGCUGGUGCAGCAUCUCUCUCAACAACCCCACCUGAUUUUAUAUGCUCACUCACACACACUCGUGUACAAAAUCAAACACUGCUUGUUUUGUACUUUUUUAGGGACAAAAUGGGCUUCAGUGUCCAUUUUCUUGUAAUAUUGCAACAUGUUGGAAAUAUCAGCUCUUGUGUAGGACCCUCUUAAAUUACCCAAGGCUGUGCUUUUUUUUUAUUUCAUUUUUUUAAUUCUGCUACUGAGCAUGCUCCUAGCAUUGGUUUAUGGGUUUUGUCUGUCUAUCUGUUGCAAUUGACAGCUUGAAUAAAUGUUAAUUGUUUAAUACA